AUGCGAGAUACGGGCCUGCAGUCAGGGGACGAGGGUGCCUACGGGGGCGGCUGCGGCGAGCAGCACUUCGCAGCGCGGCGAUCCUUCUCGAGGAUCAGCAGCAGAGCUGCUAGCAAAGCAUCGCACAUCCAGGUCUCCCCUUGGCCCCAGCAGUCCCCCGAGGCCGGCGGCCCAGCUGCACGGCUGGAGAAUCCGCAAGGCGGCCUCGUCCUACGCACUGGCAACGGGAUGCCAAAAAUAAAGCUGGCGGCUCUGUGCCAGCCCGGCCCUUCCAGCGGUGGGAUCUCUUGGUGGCAGGGGCUCUGGCUGCUCCUCUACUACCGGGAGCGGCGGCUGAGCUACCACACGCUCUGCCUCUUCCUCUGCCUGCUCUGGGCAGCCCUCAGGACCACCCUCUUCUCCUUCUACCUGCAGAACUCCCUGCAGGCCCUCCGCCUCCAGCAGCCCUUCGCCCACUGGCUCCUCUACUGCCUGCCCGGCUGCCUGCUCUUCUCCAGCCUCUGCCUCCUCAACCUCUAUUUCGCUGAGGUCAUAUUCAAAGUGAAAUGUGCAGCUGAAUUCAACAAGUACAAGGUCCUGUUGUAUCUGGGCUCCAUAUUUACCAGCCUCCUCUUCUUAGUUGUGAACUUAACUUGUGCAAUGUUAAUCCAUGGUGAGGUCCCGGAGAACCAGCUGAGGUGGACAGUCCUUGCCCGCGCCCUGGUCAACGACAGCCUCUUCAUCCUCUGUGCCAUCUCGCUGGCUUGCUGCAUGUGCAAACUGGGAAAGAUGUCUUCAGCGAAUGUCUACCUCGAGUCUAAGGGAACAUCUGUCUGCCAGGCUAUUCUUGUGGGAUCUGUAGUUGCUCUUCUGUAUUCCUCAAGGGCUUGUUAUAACCUGGUAGCUGUGGCCAUAUCUCCAGACAGCGUUCCUGGUCCUUUUAACUAUGGCUGGGACAACCUUUCAGACAAGGUGCGCGUGGAAGUGAGCGGCGAAGAAUACGUGGUGUUCGGCGUCGUCCUCUUCCUCUGGGAGCUGGUGCCAACCACUUUCGUGGUGCUGUUCUUCCGGGCUCAGAGACUGAGUCAGAACUUGACCCCAGCGGGGAUGGUCAACAGUCAUAGUUACAGCUCCAGAGCCUACUUCUUCGACAAUCCGAGGCGCUACGACAGCGAUGAUGACUUGUCACGGCUUGGGGCCAGAGAAGGAGGCUUGGCCACCCCUCAGUGCUCUGGCUGCUACGGGUCCCUGGCUGGGAAUGACAGCUACGCAGUGGGUCCCCGUCUCGGCGGAACCGCUACAGACAGUGCCCCCUUGCUCUUUGCCGCAGGCGGCUCGGAGAUGAAUAACCACCAUAGCUCAUACCCUGCACCACAGAACUGA